AUGAAUAUGUCAUGUUUAAAAUUAAUACUUGAAAAUCUUUUUAUCUAUCUUGAAUCUCUUGUACAACGUACACCAAAUAAAACUUGUAAUUCAAUGUCAUCAUCAUUAUCUUCAAUAUAUUUAAUCAUUGAAUGGGAAGCAUUUUAUUUAUUACUUGAUCAUAUUUUAUUUAUUAUUCGUAAAGAAUUAUUUUCUUCAUCAGCAACAACAAUAAAAUUUCAAGAAAAAUUUCAAUUAUUAUUAAUAACACCAACAAUAAAAGAACAAUUUUUACGUACAUUAAAAUUUCUAUUACAAUUUAUACCUAAUUUAAGUGAACAUAUUCAUGGACAUGUUUUAAAUUUACUUUCUUGUAUGUUUUUUAUAACACAACAUGAUCAACCAUUAGCUAUACAAAUGAUUCAACGUCUUCUAACAACAUUUCAAUCAUAUCAACAACAAUCAAUUGUUGGAACUGAUAAAAAUCAAUGUGAAGUAAUGCAAAUCCAAUCAUCAAAUGCAUUUCUUUAUUUGUGUAAAAAUUUUACUACUAACAUAAUUGAAUAUUAUUCAGAAUUAUUUCCAUUUCUUUGUCAAUUAUAUAGAAAUGAAUUUCAAUUAACAAAAACAUUAUUAUCAAUAACAAUUGAUGAAUCAUCCAAUCCAACAUUAAAAUUACUUGAUGCAAUACAAAUAUUAUUUUUUCAUAAAUUAAAUCAUCUAACAACAACAACAACAGAUAAUAAUCAAUUUGAAGAUUUUUAUGAAUUAAUUAAACCUAUUUAUGAAAUAUUAAAUAUAUCAUUACAAGCCGAUACAUUAACAAUAUUUAUUGAAUAUCUUGAUUUAUGUUCAAAUCGACGUGAAUCUAUGAAUACAAUACAUUAUCGACGAAGAAGUUUAAUGCUUGCUUUACAUUGUUUAUGUUUAUUAUUACGUUGUGCCAAACAACAACAAUUAGAUAAUAAUCUUCGUUCAAAAAUUUCUAUGUGUUUUCGUCCAAUUUUAUUUGAUUAUAUAUUAAAAGUAACACAAUUCUGUAAUCGAUUAUAUGAUCUACAAAUAAAUCUAUUUGAUGAUAUCUUAAAAACAAAUUUAACAUAUAGUGAUACAGAAAGACAAUUGUAUUUGGGUACAUAUGAAAGUAAUAAUGUAACGAAAGCAACGAUUCCAUCCACGUAA